AUGGGAAUUCCAUAAUCAAAACAAAGUUAAUCUCAACUUUUUGAAGAAACACUCAAAUAGUUCGAUAUAAUAGACAAAUAAUAAACAUUCAUACUAUUCUAGAACAAAACAACUAUGCAAAAAUUAGAAUUUUGGACUUUCAAAUAUCAUGAUGAAGACUCUUUUAAAAGGGCUGUAAAAGACUUGAAUUAAACCAAAGCUUGUUAAACUCUACUUCAAAUUAUUAAACAAAAUACUGUGACUCAUGAUGAAUUCUGUUCUACCUUCUAUGAACUCCAACUGCUUGUUGAACAUCCAGUCCAAAGUUUUGCUGAAUACCUUUAAAACAGAGGAUAACAAGAUUAUUCUUCCAAAGAAUUAUAUCAUUUAAUUGAUUGUGUAGUAUUUGCAUAAUUAAAUCUUGAUAAAAAACAAUACAUAGGAUUCAAUAAUUUAUGGUAAGGUGAAAAUGAUGUUUGGAAAUUGAGAAGUUUUGAUAAUUCAUAUAGACCAAUUGAUUUCUGGGGAAAAUAAAUGCCUCAUUUAUAUCCAGCACCAGAAGAACUUAAGAUAGAUCCAUCAAUUAAAUAUUCAGUUGAAAAAGCAACCAUCUUCACUUUUGGUAUGCUUCUACUUCAUGUUUCAUUAGGUAUUUAAUUAGUUUAAUUAAGCAUAGCUAAAUCAUGUGAUUCUCUUUAUUAGAACAAUACAAUUGAUCAAUAAAGAUUGACAACUAGAAUAGCUGAAUUUUAAAAGAUUUAUCCUAGCACUUUGUCAGAUAUCAUAACUAAUAUGCUCUAAUUAGAUCCAUUUCAAAGAUAUAAUUAUUAAGACAUUCAAAAUAGAUUAAAAGAGGCUUAAUAAUGUAAAAUAAUUGAUAGCACUAAUCUUCUAUUAAAGAUUCCCUAAUAGAUCAACAGUUAAUCAAAGUUCUAAGGAAAUCCAUACAAAUCACCUGUAGAAACUUCAAGAUUAAUUAAUAUUCCAUUAUAUCCAGAAUAACCAUUUAUAAAUUCAUAAUCCAUACCUGGAAAUAAUAGUUUAUAACAUUAUGGCAAUUCAAUACCAUAAAAUAACUAAUAAUUGAUAUAAACAAUUACAUAAUCAAAAUAAUAAUAAUUUGAUAAGUAGUAACCUUAACCAAUAUAAUCAAAUCGUUCCCUUUCACCUUAUCAUAGUCGAAUAAAAUAAGAUAAAUUAUAAUUUGCUGAUGGAAGAUAUUAUGAAGGAGAAAUCAUGAAUGAAUAAAUGAAUGGAUAAGGAAUACUUUAUUAUGCUGAUUCUUCAAUUGAAUAUGAAGGUUAAUUUAUAAAUGGUUAAUUCCAUGGUUUUGGAGUGCAUUGUAAUAAUAAUCCUGAUAUCAUGGAUGCUUUCCUUAAUAUUAAUGAAUUCCCUGGUAUUUUGAAUUAUUGGGUAAAAUAUGAAGGUGAUUUCUAUUAAAAUAAGUAAAAUUACAUUAUCAUUAUUAGGAAACAUGGAAUUGGUAGUAUUACUUUUUCAAAUGGUGAUUGUUACAUAGGUGGAUUUCAGAAAGAUCAAAUGGAUGGAAGAGGUACUUACACUUAAAAAUACGGAUAAACUUAUAUUGGAUUUUGGGAAGGCAAUAAACUAAAAUAUUGAU